AUGCAAGUGUUCCGCGGCUUUUUGGGAUAUCGAAUGGAGCUUAACGAUUAUCAGGAUCCUGUGGUAUAUCCACCUUUUGAAGACGAAGAGGUGUGCCGUCAAUAUCCUUUCUUUUCGAAGUCGGCUAACAAUAGUAGCUUGCAAGCCAUAAAUGCUCUGGAGACAUAUAUCGUUACAAGACUCGUCCCCAACGAAAACAACGAGUGGACCGAGAGUGCUAUCCUCAACUUGAUUUGGUUGCUUGUGGAGUCUUUCGAUGAUGCGGUCAGAACGUCGGCCAAUAUGCAUUCUAUUUUGGACAAGAUUCACCGAGCAUGGAAUCAGACACUGAGUCCGGAAGCAGCGCGCUCUGCCCAUGUUGUGCUUUGGAAGCAAAUCGAACGCUGUUACGAGAAUGGAAAGAAAGACAACACCAUACAAUGGUGUCGAGCUGCGUUGCACGACAUCUUCGCCAAUGCCGGUCACCAGAACAUUGGAAAGCUCGAAAGGGAUGAGAAGAUGAUGAAGUGCUAUUUAGAGCUUUCCGACUUGCAGGCUGCCACCCAAGUAUUCGAACACAUGGCCCCCGACAGAAAACGACAUCCGCUGAGUCAGUAUGUCCGAUAUAGUUUGGCACUUCGAUGCCAGGAUGACGCAGCGGUACGAUCGGCAUUGAACUCGCUGGCCACAUUGCAUGAUGAAAGAAAUCGACUUUUGUCUGCAGCCGUCGCCGAGGCAAUACAACACGGUACCAAGGGUCAGGCAGCCCAGCACCUCCAACGACUGCUCGACAAGUAUAAAGACGGAAGACUACCUCCUGAAGUGGAUGCAUGCGCGUUACUCAGGUCAAUAUCCACUUUCCAAUGCUGGGCCCUCGUUGACGUUGGCAGGUGUACUGCGCAACUUCUCCUGUCUGCCAUCGUUGAGAAUUCCUCUGCUCGCGACGAAUACAUGUCCCGACUCUGUGGUCUCUUCAAAAACGCUCCGUUCCUCAUUCAGAAGUCCAAUGAUGCAGGUGACAAGGAGAACCCUGUUGUCUCGGUACAAGACCAUGAAUGGUUUCUGAAUACGGGACUCAAUGUCGCUGUGCAAAAUGUCGACUCUUGGCCGGCAAAAUACAUACUCGAUCUGCUCGAGUAUUCUAGGCUGAUACAAGGCCCUUUAAGCUCAACGGAUGAUGAGAAAUUGACGAAACUGGUCCGCGAUGCCGACGCUCUAUACGUUCAAGCAGUUCUGUACACUGCCGAAGCACGGUCGUCUUCGCUGUCGUCCUGGACCAUUGAAGACCUUCCCAGAUCGUCGUAUUCCAGCAAGUCCCCACCCUCGUCGAUACCGGCAGAUAUUAAAAGGACGUUGUACAAGAAUGUCCUUGACAAACAUACCUCCUUCGGCGAGAACUUCAAUUCAAUGCAGAUAUCAUGCCGGGACGCGGUAAACGCAGAGACAAUCGUUCGGAAAAUGGGCGAGAAACUAGUCGUCCUGGCUCCCCUGGCAUUCGAAGCCGCCUUGUUCAUGACAUAUUCAAGUGGCAACCAGGAUGGUGCGAUUCGUGAUUCUGACGAAUCAACUCUGGUCCACAUCAUCGAGGAGGCAGUACAGCUUAAGCCAGCGUACAGCACAUAUUCAGUCUUCGCAGACAUGAUCUUGUCGGCCGUAACGGCUCCUUCAGGUUCAGCUCGCGAUGUGUCUCCACGCCCUGGUGGUCAACAGGAACAAAAUGCCAAUGCGAGCUCCAACACAGCCAUAACGACAAGCACGCCACCUCGUCUUCCGGUUUCUACGGCGACCAAACUUCUGGCCACACUCAUCGAUGGUCUGCGCGAUCAUUCUAGUUACGAUGUCCCUCAAGCAUCACGCUGGAUCCGGUGCGUGGUUCAGGUCAUCCUUGACCAGCGCGGAGCAGACCCGGUCGCACCACCAUUCCAACGAAACACGACUACUACUGCUGCUGCUGCUAGUACCAGUGCUUCCGAAGAUGUGAACAACUUGGAGACGUUGAGGGUGAUCACAGACCAAUCUCUGGCGCUUGCACGGUCAAGCCUGGCUCUGGCCAGGUCCAAAGUAUCGGUUUCCGGCUCAGGCAUAAACUCGAACAAGGGUUCGAAGGCGGCUACGGGGUCGGCCGUGAAUACAAUUCUCAACAACAACGGUGACAGGCAGAAACAAAAUUCCGGGAUGAUGUACCCCUCCGACGAACUCGAAUGGCUGGCCACCAUGCUGUUCAAUCUCGCCAUUGAUCUAUUUGUUGCCGCUUCUUCAUCGUCUCCUUCCACAUCACGAAGAGUACCAGCGGACACAGAUGCUACUACCAAUGUGACAGCAGAUGAUGGUUAUGAGCUCGAUGAUGACAAUCAUGCCGACCACGAACUUGACAAUUACAAUACCCAGAACCAGAACGGCCACAAUGGCGACCGCAGGGAUGACGACAACAGUGGUGAUGUCGACGUUGAUGUUGAUGGUACUGACAACAGCAACGGCAACGCCAAUGAUGUGACCGAUGAGAACGAGGUCCUGAUCCUCCAACCACGAUUCUGGGCAUCCAAAGCAAUGGAACUCGCCGACCUGGUGUUAGCCUUAGAAAAGUGGACAAUCCAAAGUCGUCCUGGUACUGGUCCUGAUCGGUACACCGAUAUGGAAGUGGAUAUGGAUAUGGAUAUGGAUACUGGCAAUGAUACAUUGGUGCUUCAGUCAUCCAGUACAGAUGAGGGCGCAGGUCCAGGUACAGGCCCAGGUGGAAAUGGAGAUGGAGGUACAGGCUCAUCUAUCACCACCGGGCCCUCUUCCAACCUUCUUGCGACCAUGUUACGAGACCGCGCACAAACAUUAGGUUGGAUGUGA